AUGCCAGGUAAUAGCAAAACGCUAAGAUUGAGGGAGGUGUUCCGCUUUCGUUCCAUGCGACGUCAUCAGGAGAUGCGUAAAGGCCAGGCGGGUGAUUCUUCCGCAAUGAGAGAAUCAAAUGACCCUGAUGACUCGGUUCCACCAUUGUCUGCAGUUCCAAUUGUCUGCGUCCAAUGCGACCCGUCAGUCGAUGUUGAAGAUGACGAGUUCGAAAGAGAUCUCUACCGUGUUCGAAGCUUUAAAAGAACCUCCAAGGGACUCAUAAGUCUGGGUGACAGUAUCCGUUCAAGCAGCACUACAAAAUACAACCAUUCUUUCCACACCCCUCGCUGUUCAACAACCAGCGCAAUCGUAUCGCUAGGGCGGCGUUCAAGACGCUCCGAAUCCUAUGCACACGCAUCAAACUUCAGCGCUCAGCGGCAGGAGAGACAUUCCACCGCUUAUGAAUCUGUCCGUGCCAACUUAGAGAGUGAACACUUUUUUUCUCACUACAAGCCCACUUCACCUGCUGGUUCCCUGCGACCUCCCUCGACUUUCAGCCUCUCAAACAUAGCGAUCCCUGUCAAAGUGCAGAUUCUCGGUGGUCCCACGGUGGGCAAGACAAUGCUCUGUCGUCAAUUCCUCACUGCCGAGUUUAUGGGUGGCAAGACGGAAUCAUUUUCAGAGGACAGUGUUGAACGCUUUGUGGUGAUCGAGGUAGACGGGUGGAAUAGGAGCCUUAUGCUGAUUGACAACAUUCGGGAGGAGGCAGCAGAGGAGGUACAUUCUGCUGAGGCUAGCCUUGCCUUCUUCCCUCCGACUUGCAACACCCUGGAAGAACCUAAUCAUCGGCGGCGCGCCACUUCCGCUACUGCUUCCAAUACAGGGCUCAAAGACAAAAGUGAAAGCCAGCGACGCAAAUCAAGCUUCUGCAACCCCAAAGCGGAAAUCGCUGCAUUGGAUAAGAAGACGCAAUAUGAAAGUAGCUCGCCCUUGGAGUGUUCGCACCUGGCUAUGCGUCCACAAGUAAAGCUCGAAAUGCGCAUUCUGGACGUGGACAUCUACGUUGUCGUGUACGCGGUUGAUGAGGAAACGUCAUUUAAAACGGCCAAGUCAAUAAUUAAGAAACUACAGGAAAUGAAAAGUGCAAAUUGCAAACUCCAACUCCUUUACUUAGUCGGGAAUAAAACCGAUCUAGUUCGCAGUCGGCAGGUAACAACACAAAGGGGCCGAAAAUUCGCUGCUGCCAAUGGAGCCAUCUUUUUUGAGGUCUCAGCGGCAAUUAAUCACUUAGUGGACGAACUGCUUGUAGACAUGGUGGUACAAUGGCGCAAAGAGGUUACGCAGCACGAAUUCAGUCGUCUGGGCUUCCCUAUGCACCCAUCGACCCCUGCAAUAUCAGGUGCUGCUGGCGGUGCCGCAACAUCCUCUUCCUUUGAAAAUCGAGGGCGUCAAAGCUGGACUUCAACCUUGAGUAACCCAAAAAAUGCCCUGCAGCGCAUCUUCAAACAACAAUUUACCGCCAAGUCAUGCAUGGAACUACAAAAAUCUUAA